CAGCCGCACCUUCCACCCCAAGUAUACAAAUUCCCUCCCUCUGUUUCAACGAGGGCAAGCUUCCUUGAUUCUAAUCAUUAUCGCUUUGAGAUUGCGCAUAUCCGACCGAUUCCCAAUCACUCAACCCAUAUCAGCAAUCAUGACCGUGAUCUCAGUCACAAACAACCCUUUCCAUGACAAGGCGGCGACAUGGGAAAAGGCUCACAAGUGUCAUCAAUAUGCCUUAUUCUUCCACGGAAUAUCAUCUGGCUGGAUAUUUAUUGUCCCUUCUUUCUUCGCUAUCUUAUCUGCUGUUUUCACGGGAUAUAUCAGAUCAGUCACUCCAGGUGUAGGCGACCAGACUCCACCAAAACCCCCUUCGACAGAUCUAGACGCCGAAGAUGUUGAGGCUACAUCCGUACCAGAUCUCUCCGGUGCUGGCGCAGAGACCAGCUUAGCGACAGAUCAAGGUACUUUCUCGGAGGAGAGCGAUGAGCCUCCCCCAUAUCAAGGACCAGCCACACAGAAUACACCGCACCUGAGUCAAACGACACCCAUCAAGCGCUCGUCAGCACAGCGAUUUGUGACCGGAACCAUUUUGUUUAUGUGCAAUAUAACAUCCCUCUUCCUGCUUGCCCUGACUGUACAAUCAGCGAUCUUCUGCCAGCCUUGGAGCCCAUUAUCGUUUUGGCCCCGUCUUAUUUGCUGGGCUUUGUUCAGCAUUCCUGCUAUAUGGUCGUUGAAUGGUGCUACUUGCUGGGCAAUGCUUCUGAGAGACCUGUGGGGGCCUGGAAUGAGAAAAAAGUAUCCGAUCAAGGAGUACGCGCUAUCAUUCACUUUGUUGUGCAUCGUCAUCUCACCCUUCGUGCUCUUGUGGACUGUGUUUGGAGUUGGAUCCGUCAAGGCAGUGGAAGCUUGUCAGAGAAGAUUUUGUGGCGAUGCGUUGGAAGAUGGGGAUGAAAAUGUUGAGCUCGGAGAUGGUAGAAUAGAUGGAGAAAGGAAUGAGGAUAUUGAUGAUGAGGGCGUUGAUGAAGAUUCGGUAAGACUUAUCAACAACCGCAUAAAGUAGCACAGCAUAAGGUAAGAGGGCAAGGACACGAAGAAAAUAAUGGUAGGUGG